GAGUUCAACCACCAUGAAAAUGGCAAGUGAUCGCCAACGGCAGUUUCUCGGCGGCGCUAUUCUUUUCAUUGCGUUUUUCCUUACACACGCCACAGCUAUAGAGAACAAAAAGUACCCAGCUGGUAAUCAGAAUCUAAAUCCUACCCAGGCUUGGAGGAGUUCCGAAUAUUGCCUCCAGAAUGUCUCGGCUAUAUGCAAAACGGGCUUUGGCACGAAGAACUACAGCCUGACCUACAAGGGGUGGCUGAACGUCACCGCAGAGGAAGGGCCCAGAUUCUGUGAGGCAGGUGGCUGCGCUGACCACACGAGGUCAGUGCUACUCUGCCUCAAACAUGUCAAGAGAGACUACUGGUUUGCCAACGCUGCAACUGUGCAAGAUCUCUACGACACCAUAGAUGCCGGCUGCAAGAACGGUGGCUCAGGUUUUACUGGAAUCAGCAAGUAUGGUUCUCAUUGGAAGGUUAAAACCCCAUAAACCCCGUCCUAGCAAAAACAGUUGCAUCGGCUGUUUAUUGCCCUUUUUCAACAUAGAUUGAUAGUAGAUAUGUGUAAUAAAAGAACGCAUGAAUGUGUUUCCUGUAUUCAGAUUUCAGAUACGAAUACCAAGAUCACUAAUAAUAUAUAUAGCUAUUUCUUGCUAUUAGAUUGAGAGUUGAGACCAAAAAAAGCAUUUUUGAUCAGAUGUCGAAUACUUGUAUUCACAAAUUCGGAAAUGGAGUACUGCAUACACAAACAACCAUCAAGAGUUAACCAGUUAAGGACAAAAUACCAUACCAAACACUGCUUUAUUUUCUGGAUUAACCAUAGACGAUGAGGCCUAGCCGGGUUGAUUGUUCAGUUUAUCCCAUGGCAUACUUCUGGGUCCAGCUACGAGCAGUAGUCUCGUAUUUGCUCCUGUCUGUCUUGUACAUAUGAGCGAUUUCAGGAACCAGUGGGUCAUCAGGGUUUGGGUCAGUCAACAGAGAGCAGAUUGACAGCAGGACCU